UCUAUAAAUGCUCGUUCGAAGAAUGCGUCCUGUCCUCUCUAGACUAGCCCAAUCCACCCCCUACAUUUCCCAUCGUUCUUUUCUGUACCUCACCAGCAUAGAGUACAUGACAGUGUAGACGCUCAUAGCAGCACGUCAGUGGUUCGUGUGCGGCCCUACUUUGCUAGCGCACACCUUAAAAGGGAUCCUUGGCACCGGCUUUGCUUCACGCAGGCAUGGCAGACACGGAAUUAAAAAGCUUCAGUUCCAUCAUGGACGCUUUGCUUCGUAUUAGCUCCAACAUGAAGCGGAUGGAGCGGGAGCUGCGUUGUCCCGUGUGCGAUGAAAUCGUGAAGCAGCCCAUCCUGCUGCCGUGCCAGCACAGCGUAUGCUUGCUGUGUGCGGCCGACGUGUUGAUACAGAGGGGCUUCCCUCCGCCUGACCUCCCCCCUGAACCGCGGUCGCCGGCCUCCACGCCCAACACUCGCUCCCCGCGCCAGCCACGCAGACCCAUGCCUCGGACACCGGACCGCCUGGAGCGCGUUCUCAGAACCGCAUGCAGCACCUACCCUGGGCGGCGGCGUAAGGACACGGCCACUCCCCCCAUGAUGUUUCCGUGUCCUUCCUGUCAGGAGGAUGUCGAGCUGGGCGAGAAAGGCCUGAUGGACUGUCCCCGCAACCUCACUCUGGAGCGCAUUGUGGAAAGGUACAGGCACACGCUGAGUCUGGGCAGCAUAGCCAUCAUGUGUGCUUUCUGCAAGCCUCCACACUCUCUGGAAGCCACCAAGGGCUGCGCCGACUGCAAAGCCAACUUCUGCAAUGAAUGUUUCAAACUCUACCAUCCCUGGGGGACCCCCCGAGCCCAGCACGAGCACAUCCUCCCCACAAACAACUUUCGCCCAAAGGUGCUGACGUGCACGGAGCACGAGCAGGAGCGACUGCAGUGGUACUGCUGCACCUGCCGCAGGUUGCUGUGCCCGCUGUGUAAGCUACGCCGCAUCCACCAGGGCCACAAAGUGUUGCCGGUCACACAAGCCUACCAGGCCCUCAAGGAUCAGCUCACCAAGGAAAUCAACUACAUCCUGGCCAACCAGGAAACCAUACAGAGUCAGAUCACACAGUUGGAGACAGCCAUCAAACACAUGGAGACCAACAGUGCUGUAGCUCUCAAUCAUGUGAGCCGCUGCAUGCAGGAUCUGGCGGCGUCUAUAGCCGAGCGUCAGGGGGUAUUGUCUGUGGCCCUGGAGGGCUCACGUGGCUGCAGGGAGGAGGCGCUGUCUGCUCAAGCGUCGGCCAGGCGAGACAUGCUGGAGCACGCCGGCAUGAUGGCCUACACUCACGAGCUCCUCAAGGAGACAGACCAGCCGUGUUUCGUGCAGGCGGCCAGAGUCACUCACAACAGGCUGGUGAAGGCCAUCGCAAACUUGCAGUGCUUCUCCCUGUCUGCCGAUCCCUCAUUCAGACACUUUCACCUGGACGCAACAAAAGAGAUCAAGCUUAUCAACAGCUUGGAGUUCAUACGUGCCCCACUAGCCCCAGUGAUCGACACUCAGAAGACACUGGCCUACGACCAGCUCUUCCUGUGCUGGCGCCUGCCUCAGGACUCGGCCCCAGCCUGGCACUUCUCUGUCGAGUACCAAAGGCGGACGGGUGCGUCCGGAGACACGUGGGGCGGCACCCGAUCCCCCAACGCUUCAAUUGCGUGGCGGAGACUGGAUGAAGUGCGAGGGACGAGUGCCAUCGUAGACCAACUGCAGAUAGACAGCGUUUAUGUGCUGAGGGUACGAGGCUGUAACAAGGCUGGCUUUGGAGACUACAGUGAGGAGGUGUACCUCCACACGCCACCAGCUCCUGUGUUGUCUUUCUCCCUGGACUCUCGCUGGGGCUUGCAUUCUGACAGGCUGGCGCUGGGCAAGGGUCAGACAUACGCCCGCAGCGUGCCGGGCCUCUCCUUGCUGAAGGUUGCCGACCGCACGCUCACCUCCUGUCACCUGACCGCCGACCUCCUGGUGGCCGACCUGGCCGUCUCUCAAGGCAGGCACUACUGGGCGUGCUCGGUGGAACCUGGCUCCUACCUGAUUAAGGUUGGAGUUGGACAGGAGGUGAAGCUUCAGGAGUGGUUCCAUCAGCCACAGGACAUGGCCAGUCCACGGUAUGACCCAGACAGCGGCCAUGACAGCGAGGCAGAGGACGGCCAGGACUCGCCCACCUUCUGCUUUCUCACCAUGGGCAUGGGCAAGAUCCUUCUACCCCGAGGCCACGCACACACCAAUGCUAAGCUCGCCCACCCUUACACGACGCCACUGCCGCCGAGACUAGGCGUGUGCCUAGACUGCGACGAAGGAAGAGUGGCCUUCUAUGACGCCCACUCCUUACGCAUGUUGUGGGAGGGCAACGUGGACUGCUCAGCCCCCGUGUGCCCUGCCUUUUGCUUUAUUGGCGGUGGUGCCCUGCAACUGCAAGACCUGGUGGCCAGUCGCAGCAUCGAGGAGGAGACACCACAGCGGAGGGUGAUCAUCAAAACUUGUGCAACCAAUCUUAGUAAAUAAUGAAGCAAUGUAUGUAUCUGUUACAAUAACUUAGUUACUGUAGGUCCAGGAGCAUUUAGACGGUGACGAUUUACAAUUUGGCCUUUUCACACUACUAUGAUGGCUCGUAAGCAGCAAAGCAAAUUUAUUAAUAUUGCGUAUUUCCUACACAAGGUAACUCAAUGUGCUUUACAUGAUUAAAAGCAUUAAAAAAAAGUAAAACAUAGGUUAAGUGUAGACUUUCAGCUCUAAUUUUCCAUUUGUCACUAAGGAAUUGGAGCCCACCAUUUAUGCAGAAUACAUCCAUUUUCUGGGCACACAAUUAUUUGCACAAAGGGAAAUAAUAUAACAAUUAUUUUAACACUUAGUGUGGAAGUGAGGAAUUCAGUCUCCUCUGUGGAGAUGCUUUGCUCGACCUUCACUUGCUGCUUUUGUUACACAUUUAAUUGGAUUUUUGCGUGGGGGUUUCCUGUUAACAGAGCAACAAAAAGUACAAACAGGUCAGCAUGACUGUUGCAUCAUGUCUCAUAAACUGUGGUAGUGAAAACUGCACUUUCACAGCCUCUGAUUCUGUAGCAUAUACUCUUUGACCCAGGAUAGUGUGCUGUCCUCUUCCUGAGCCUUUUGUAUUUGUACUGGGAGAUGUAGUCCAGUCCCAGAGUCUCCCAUCAACUCCAGGGCAUCAAUUUGAAUUAACUGAUUUCUUCCUGAUUGUCCUUUCGCAGUGCAUCUCCUCAUGUAGUAUAUGUACAUAUAUAUCCAGUGGCAUGUGGGACAGUCAAUCAGCAUCUGAAUUGUUGGGGGUGAAUAAAUUUAAUUCUGCCAGCUCUGGAACCCGUCUGUGGCCUAUGGCAUUGAGUUUAACAGUAGUAAGCACAUAUGCGAGUUGCAUUGUGGACCAUAAAGGAUCGAGCAUAGUACAUAAACGGCCCACUUCAAUCCCAAAAACUCUAGUUUCCUGGAUUGAAGAUGUUGCCCCUUUACAGCCCAAUUAUGAGUGCAGGACCCACACACUAUCACUCUCAUCUUUCCUUGUUGUUACUGGUACAACACCGCUCCCAAGCCAACCUGCGAUACGUCACAAUGCAGCACGAACUGUUGUUUCCAGAUAGCCCAGGACAGGUGUGCUUUUGAGUCUUGGUGAGAACUUUCCCAAUACAUGGGAGUCCUCUAGGUUAAGCGACCCUUCUUGCCCUUUGCUGCUCUCCUGUAGCUUUCAGCGGGUUGGUCUGUGUUGGAUCUUUGCUGAUUACCUGCCGUGAUUAGGUUGUACAGUUGAUGGGCAAUCCAAGAGAAGCUAGGGAUGAAUGGGCUGGAAUAGGAGAGGAAUUCCAGCAUCUGACAAACAUCACUAACUGUGGCAGGUGCUCUCUCGCUCAGAGCCCUCACUUGUGCCAUUUUCACUGAGUCCAUACUGUUACGAUCGUGUGUACAGAAUUCGGAACCCCAAAAGAGCUAAACACAAUUUGAGGAAAUAAUCAUUUUAGUGAGACAAGUGAGCACGACAACAUGAGCAAUGGAAAUAUACACAAACGAAAAACUACAUCAGCAAUAGGCUGACAUGAAAAUACUAUGAACAGAAUAAACUAAAUAACAAAUGGACAGGCGAAGCACAAUGGAGCUGUAUGGCGAAAAGGACAAAAAGUAGGAAUAAUACAAAACGAAAAUAAAUAACGGAAGCACAGUAAUAACGGUAAACAAAAGAAUUCAGCAGUAGAGGAAGAUAUAACAAAAUAGUGCAAGAUGAGAAAUCCAAACCACAUAAAUAAGGAUGAAGACAAAUCCACAAACACGGAAAGAAAAAAAAAAAAACUAAACUACACAAGUUUAGACACAGACAAGAGUACAAGCCAGUAAAAUGACUCUAAACUACACAAGUUUAGGUAACGAAACGUGGUGGUGGGGAAAAAAAGCACACACGAACGAAGGAGGGCAACAACAACCAGUAACAAUAUUCCGGUGGCUAGCUCCCACCCAUCUUGCGCUUAAGAACCAAACUGAUCAUGAUGCCAAGCAGCAGUGCGACAGAGGCUCCGCCCAUCUACCAAGCCCAGGGACUGAAAAAAUACUGAGAGUCAGAAGGCCAAGGGACUGGAAAACUACAGAAUCAGUAACCAAACACAGGAUUAUGACACAUACUGUAACACAAUUUCAGCCUCUGUAUGGUCUUUCUCGGUUCAGGCUUAAAUCUGGUGCAGUAAACUUAGAUAAGGCAACUUGUCCUUGUGCCCACUCGCCGCAUUUUUUUUUCAAACAUCUUGAACUCCCAUCACAAGGUUACUUCAGGCAGUGAAUGUGUUGGUACUAGUCAGCAAUGGAGUGGGGAUUCGCUGGUCAUUUGGACAGGGUAUGUGGCAAAAAAAACAAAAAAAAAAACCCUGGGCUUGUCUCUAAUGCAGGCUUCCUUAAUGGUUGUUUUAUGUCUGGGAAAAGUUGUCUUUUUUUGUGGUGGGGGGUGGAAUAAAAAAUUAGUAGGCCAGUAUGAAACUGUCCAACUUCUUCAUUCUCAUGGACCAGCACAUCCGCUGCCAAUCUAAUGAGUGCACGCCUUGGCUUCCUAUUGGGUUCUCCACUGUCUAGGUUAUCACACUUCAGGUGUCUACAGACAUCUAUGAGAGCCUCCUCUUCUUACUGCCAAAGGGCUGCACACAUCUGGUAACGCAGGUGCUCCAUGUUAUCCCUUUAAGAAGGUUAGACAGUUUGGAUAGGAGUGCCGUUUCUGUUUUCAGUUCCACUUAUGCCUCCUCCUGGCUGGCUCGCCAAAAUAUGUUACAGGUAUAAGAAUGGGUCGAAGCUCAUCCAAGUGGAACAUAUUUACUGAGAUUUUUCCUUGGGGGUUUUCCAUUAACAGAGCAACAAAAAGUACAAAUAAGUCUCACUGUUUAGACUGUUGAAUCACAUGUCCUCAACUGCGCUGGUGACCACUCUGGUGGUUUAUGCCCACGCUUAUUCAUUAGUUUGGUCCCGUUCCUUUUGUCACCUUCAUGAUGCAGUUACAGUGUGCCACCUGCUGACUAUAGGAUGAACAGAUAAUUACUUAGCUAUGUAGUAAGGGGGCGGCAUGGUGUCCGACUGGUUAGAGCGUCAGCCUCACAGUUCUGAGGACACGGGUUCAAUCCCCGGCCCCGCCUGUGUGGAGUUUGCAUGUUCUCCCCGUGCCUGCGUGGGUUUUCUCCGGGCACUCCGGUUUCCUCCCACAUCCCAAAAACAUGCAUCAAUUGGAGACUCUAAAC